ACAGAUAAUAACUUUUCAAAUGUCUCCAAAUGGAUUUGUAAAAUGGAUUCUGGCAUUUUAUAUCGCAGGGGGAUUAAUAUCUGUCGAUUCUAUCGGAAUCGGAGGUGAUGUGGCUUCUCCAAGCUUUGUCGUUGAGAAUAUCCGAUUUCAGAGGGGUCUAGGCUUUACUGAAAUAUCACAAGUGGACAAUGAUCUCCUGUUAAAAACAAACACUGUGCAACUACGCAUUAAUCCGGAGAUUUUUGAAUGUAUGUCUAAACUCCAGUUCAAUGGAACCCUAAAAACAACAUCAUUAGCCAAAUCUGGUGUUAAGCAAUGGAGUAUGUGGAGCGUGGACAGGUUCGACAAGGGUGAAGAAAUGAGAUGGAUGCCAACGAAUACAAGUACAUGUGGAAAAUCCCAGGAUUCCUUUCUAGGUGGUCAUUGUAAACUUGGUUUUGGGCGCGUGAAACGAAUAUACAAUGACAUACCAUCACACACUGAGAUAAAAGUUACCGGAAGGGUACACUUUUUUGAUAUGUGGAACGGAGAAUAUAUUAUUCUCAAAGCAGAUGAUACUGUACUGUGGACAGAAUCCCACAACUGGUGUCCAAGUGUAACGGACACUGCCUGCAAAAAAUACGGUAUUGACGUCUGCGGACAAGAAUAUCCAGAUAGGCUAUCGGUUUAUUUCAAUGUAUCAAUGAAACAUGAAAAUAGUGUGUUAUCCCUAGAAUUUAAAAGUACACUCGAUAAAAAUACAAAUCCCUGCGACGUAUCAUGGGGGAUUGACGAUAUAGCUCUGUAUAUUAGGUAAUCUCUAACUUGGCAUGCGUGAAUUCAGCAUUUCACUCUGAGUUAACCCGUCAAUGU